UCUAUCGUCCCUCUCUGCUUUGAGAUACUCAAGAUGGAUCAUCUUAGGGUUAUCUCCUCCAUUUCUCUUCUUCUUAUAGUCUUCGUCUCUGUUUCGGUUUGCGAGAACCAAGUCCAACACAGAGACGAUAUACUGAUCCGGCAAGUGGUUAAUGGAUCGGAAUCGGAGCCAAAAGUUAUGUCUUGGGAGGAUCACUUUGCUGUGUUCAAGAGGAGAUACGGCAAGGUUUACACUUCUGUCGAGGAGCAUCAACGCAGGUUCGCGAUAUUCAGAAGUAACUUCAUGAGGGCGACGCGUCACCAGAGGAUGGAUCCUUUUGCUGGACAUGGCGUUAACCAGUUUUCUGAUCUGACGCAUUCUGAGUUUCGGAGAAAGCACUUGGGGGUUAAAGGUGCGUAUACGUUCUCACAGCACGACGCUGAUCAAGCCCCGAUUCUUGAUACAAAGAAUCUUCCCGAUGAUUUUGAUUGGAGAGAUCGUGGCGCAGUUACUCCCGUGAAGAACCAGGGAACAUGUGGAUCUUCCUGGAGUUUCAGCACUACAGGUGCGCUUGAAGGUGCUCACUUCCUCGCCACUGGUAAACUCGUCAGCUUCAGUGAACAACAGCUUGUUGAUUGUGAUCACAAGUGUGAUCAAGAAGUAGAAGUUUUAUGUGACUCUGGUUGCAGUGGUGGGCUAAUGAACAUGGCCUUUGAGUACACUUUUGAAACCGGAGGGCUCAUGCGUGAGGAAGAUUAUCCCUACACAGGCACUACUACUGAUGGUGAUGGGAUCUGCAAGUUUGACAAGUCUAAGAUUGUUGCCUCUGCCUCCAACUUCAGUCUUGUCUCUAGUAACGAAGAUCAAAUCGCUGCAAAUCUCGUCAAAUACGGUCCUCUACCUCUUGCAAUCAAUUCAGCUUACAUGCAAACUUACAUUGGAGGGGUGUCGUGCCCUUACAUGUGCCCGAGGGGUCUCAACCACGGUGUGUUGUUGGUGGGUUAUUAUGGCUCAGCUAGGUCAAGGACCUCAAGGUUCAAGGAGGAGCCGUAUUGGAUCAUCAAAAACUCAUGGGGAGAAACUUGGGGCGAGAAUGGUUUCUUUAAGCUAUGUAAAGGACGUAGUAACGUUUGCGGCUUUGGUAGCUUCGUUUCCACCGUCUCUGCCUCCCUCUAGACGAAUACAUAAAUAAACCAGAGCAGAACUCUCACCAACUAUGAAACUAAUACCCUCUGUUUCGUUUGGAAGCUAUAGAACCCCGUUCCUGCUUAACCUUUACUUGAUUCAAAUUCCAUCACGUUCACCUUUAUCAUUGUGACACUUUAAACAUUCUGGAUUGUUCUCAAGACUAUAAAGAAGAGUCAAACGGUUCAUGAA